AUUCUAUGCAACCGUAUGGCCAAGGAGGAGGAGGAGGGAAGAGAAAGAGACGGUCGAAAGUGAAAAAAGGCCAUAGCGAAACGUUUAUAUUGUUUUUGUUUUAAUUGAUAGAUAAAAUUGGUGCGGUUUCCAUGUGUAAUUAAUAUCUUUAGAAGUAACAUCUCAAGAAAGGAAGAUUUGCCAUGUCGGCCCAGGCUCAGAUGCGAGCUUUGCUCGACCAAUUGAUGGGAACUGCCAGGGAUGGUGAUGAAACUCGGCAGAGGGUGAAGUUUACAGAUGACCGUGUUUGCAAAAGCCAUCUUUUGGAUUGCUGUCCUCAUGACAUUCUGGCAGGAACGAGAAUGGAUCUUGGCGAAUGCUCGAAGAUUCAUGAUCUGGCUCUGAGAGCAGAUUAUGAAAUUGCGUCAAAAGAACGGGACCUGUUUUUUGAACUAGAUGCUGUUGAUCAUUUAGAGUCCUUCAUUGCCGAUUGUGAUAGAAGAACGGAAUUGGCUAAAAAACGCCUUGCUGAAACACAGGAAGAAAUAAGUGCAGAAGUUGCCGCAAAGGCUGAAAAGGUUCACGAGCUGAAUGAAGAAAUUGGAAAGCUCCUUGCAAAAGCUGAGCAGCUUGGUGCAGAAGGAAAUGUGAGUGAGGCACAGAAGGUUCUUCAAGAAGUAGAGAAAGUGCGAAGCAGGAAGAGAGAAGCAGAGGAAGAGUAUAGGAACUCCAUGCCUGCAUCUAGCUUUCAACAACAGAAGUUACGUGUUUGCGAGGUCUGUUCUGCAUACCUAGGCCUCCAUGAUAAUGACCGCCGCCUGGCUGAUCACUUUGGAGGAAAGCUGCACUUGGGAUUCAUUCAAAUUCGGGAGAAACUGGAGCAACUGAAAAAAACUGUUUCAGAUAAACAGGAAAAAAGAAACCAAGAACGUCUGAAGCGAAGAGAAGAGAGAGAAAGAGAAGAGCGAAUGAAGAGAAGGACCAGGUCACGAAGCAGAGAACGUAGGAGGUCACGUUCACGUGAGCGUAGAAGGCGCAGAUCCCGCUCUUCAUCACGUGAGAGGAGACGAAGCCGCUCACGCUCCAGAGACAGAAGACGUCGGCACCAUAGCCGGUCACGAAGCAAGGGUCACAGGCGCUCCUCCCGGGACCGCAGUCGUGAGAAAAGUUCUAAGCACAAGUCUUCAAGAGAUCGAUCAUCUCGAGACAGAUCAAGGGACCGGGACCGCAAGGAGAAGAGCUCAUCGGAGAGGAGGCAGGAGAGUAUGAAUGGUAGAUCUGACUCCCGGAGAUCAGAGGAGCGUGAAGCUGGAGAGAUCUAAUCUCCUGUUCCAUGUUAUGUACUUUAAUGGCUAAUUCCCAUCUCGUUCUUUCUACGUCUUUGUUUCUGUACACAUAGUGGAUCAUAACUAUUAAACUGCUGGAUAUAUUGGCUUCUUGUAGCAUUGAAUUUUUCUUUGGUUAAUCUUGAUACCACAUUUACUUAUUUCAGUUUUUUUUUUUUUCUUCCCCACUAAAUUCGAUUGGUUUGACUAUUUAAGAAUAUAUGAGAAAAAAAUUUAACAGGCUUUAUUUUUUUAUGUGCAUCAUGUCUUUAAGCCUCCCUUUUUAGAAGUUUAAAACUGUCUUACUCUAUUCAUUUUAUCUUCUGUGGUCUGUUAUAAUUGUAAAGAUUUUUUUUUUCCCACCAGCAGUUAGUAUUCUGUUCAUUUUUGUUUUUAGUAGUUUAUUAAUUACAUUAAACAGAUUUCCCAUAUAUAUUGCUCAUUAUUACGGAAAGAAGCCUGUAUAUAAACAUUUUUUUAAAUUUUAUUACAACAACAUUUUUUGUAAAUUAAAGAUGAUUCAGUUGUUAUUGCAAAUUGGAAAGGAAGCUAUUGAGCUAAUGUUCUGUUGACUUGUUUCUUUCAAAUGUUUCCUAAGUCUUAGACAUUUAAACUUGUAUGCAUUUUAGACUUCUUUUAAUAUGCAUUCAUCAUGUAACGCUGGAACGUCGUUGAGCAUGUAGGCAGCUGGCUUCCCAUUGUCAGUUACACCACCGGGUUAAGAUUGUUUGAUUAUGUAAACCUGUUUUAAAUGGGUUUAGCUUUUGACUGUUGUACCCUAUAGCACCACCUUCAGAACCCAAAAAAUAUUUUGCACCUCAGUUUGCUGUUUUAGUUUAUAUACCCUGAUGCAAUUUUUUUUUUUUUUUUAUAUAUAUAUAUAUAAAAAAAGGCCACAGAUUUAUUAAACAUGACGAGUGGUAAAUGCAUAAUGGAAUGUUUGAAACAUCUGUUAACUUGCAUGAACGCAGCACUCGGUACACGCCAGUGUUGAAACUCUGUGGACUGACAAAACACGCGUUAUGCAGUAGCUUUUCUGUAUACCGGCCUGCAUUUUACUCUUUAUUUGGGGAACUUGUCACUCUUCUCUUUUCCCCGUACACAAUUUGACAUUCUCACAUUUAAACUCUUUUAACUGUUAAGUGUUUAUUUUUAUGUUCCACAUGACUGUCAUGAAACUAGAAAUAACUGCAAUGAAACAUGAUGGCAUUUAUAUAUACUCUUGAUUUAAUUAUGAAAUGUGAGACCAAUCUGACGUCUAAACUGUUUGGUUAACUUUUGGAUGGAUGGAUAAAAGAAGAAUCAUAACUGGAUUCUUGCAGUUUUUUGUUCUUUUGGUGCAUUUGUUUAGUACUUUUUUGUCAAAGUUUGUUUAAUGUUUCUCCAGAUGCAACCUGCUGUAAAUACUGCAUUUGAAUUAAGACCAAUACCUGGAAGGUCUUUUUCCCUGUGUGCCUCAUUUCACAAUAAAAACUUCUGUUUCCAGUA